AUGUCCCCUAAUGAGGCGUCGACCUCAGACCAAACGCCGCGCCAGCCGGAGCCCGCAGUCCAAGAAGUCCCAGGUGGAUCCUCGCCUGUGUGGUUCCCCCCCAAUACCACGACCUUCCAUGAAGAAUUGGGCAUGCUUUUCCGACAAGGAUCGUCUGGCCCUGUACUCGUACAAUGGGAGGAGAACGUGCCGACCGAAGUUCCGCCCCGGCCCUUGUACAUGGAAGGCUAG